AUGAAGGAAGGUAUAAAUUUCUUAGACUGCCUUGAUGUUGACUUGGGCUUGAGUAUCUUGACGCGCUUGGAUAAUCCUGCUGAUCUGAUCCGUGCUAGUGCUGUCUCACGGUCUUGGCACCAUUUUGUGAUUGCAAACAGACUUUCUAAACAGCUGUGUCUGAGAAUGUUCCCUCAUAUUUCCGAUCUUGAUCAAAUAGUUGGAUCAAAUAAUGGAACAAUAUCAGUGGAUGUAGAAUCUAGCAAUCCCAUGGGAUGGAAGAUUCUUCAGAGGGAUCAUAAUGUUUAUGCUUCUCUAGUUCUGGCCCUCGUAAAGUCUAAAGAUAAUCCAAAGGAUUGCAUAGCGUGUGUAAUUGGUGCUUCCAGCACAGAUCGUGAACCAGAAGAAAGCAUAGUUAAUACACUUUUUCCAAUCGACACAUAUAUGUGGGGAGAUUCAUACUGGUCAAGUAAAGGACAGAGUAACCCUGAUGUGCCUGAGACAUUAAUAUACAAAUUAACUGCCGAUGUUUGUGUUGUUACUGAAAUUGAUAUACGACCUUUCGAAGUGUAUUGGGAGCCUGGAAGUCUUGUGUACUCGGCAAAGGCUGUGCGAUUUCGAAUGGGUCAUCUCAAAUCGCCAAGGAAGAAUGGGAUUGAUUUCUGGCAUUUACCAUUGCAACCACCUGCCGAAGACGAGUUUCUAUGGUCAUACACUUCACCAGAGUUCCCUAUGACACAGGAAAAACACUUGCAGAAAUUCAAGUUACCAGAACCUGUUCUUUGCAUUGGUGGAUGUUUGCAGAUCGAACUGUUGGGGAGCGCUCAGAGAGAAGCUAUCGAUGGAUUAUUCUAUAUAUGCGUGUGUCAUGUUCGGGUUCUGGGACGUCCCCUGAGUCCUGGAUUCGAACUACAGGCCCUCAAAAAAUCUGGACAGUUGCAACUGAAAUAUAAUCCCGAGGCUUUCAGUUCCAUUCUGAAAAGGUUUUCUCAUGAAGAGGAGACGGAUGCAGUUGAACCAGAAGAAGACACACUGGGGGAGCACGUCCGUCAACUGGAGAAUUUGUUGCAGAUACGGAAUAUCCCUGAUCAUCCAUUUGUAUGGAAUGAUGAGUAUAAUUAA